GGUGUCUCAUAAACUGAGUCACUAACCUGAGUAUUUUGCUAUCAGUUUGAACAAUUCAACUAGAAAUAUUCCUACUUGACAGAUGGUUUUAUUGUGUGUAAUGUAUCUGAGAAUUGUGUGUGGGUGAAGACACUCAUACAGGGGUAUUGUAAUGAACAGCUCACUGUGCAUGGUUCUCUUUUUGGUUAAAAAGAAAAUGUUACAAUAGCUGAUUGGUGUGUGUAUGUUUCUUUUUGCGUAAGAUUCACAGAAACAGAGGUGGUAUGUCAUCAAAAAACAAGAAGCGUGUCAUUUUGCCAACUCGACCUGAGCCUCCCACUAUCGAGCAGAUUCUGGAGGAUGUCAGAAGUGCCAGACCAUCUGAUCCAGUAUUCACUUCAUUAGCUGAAGGCUCUGAGGAAUUUCUGAUUCCAGUGAGAGCAGAAGUGUUGCUGCCAGAUGUUGAAACCCAAUACCAGCAAAGCAAAGCUUAUGUUGAACUGAAUAAACGUUUACAAGUGGAGCAUCACGAGUUGGCAUCACGAUCCAAAGAAUUGAAGAAAGCAGGGGAACAACUUGAUCUAAGUAUUUCUGAAAUUAAAGAUAAGCAUUUUCAAAACCAAGCAAAUGAUAAAGAAUAGUUUAUAAUUAGAACUAAAUUCUAGCUGAUGGAAGUUAAGAAAUCAGCUACUUUGACUGGACGCUGUUUGCGGUUUAAGUAUGAUUUUUCCCUCUGGUUUUGUGAAACAGAUGAAGAGGUGGCUUUACAUAUUUCAGAGAUACUGGAUCAAAAUGGUUAUGUUGGAUUUGUGGAGCACCAAGACCAAGUGGCUGGACGACUGAUGAUAAAAGAAGUAACUAAUGUUAUCCAGCAAAGUAAAAUCACCAUCAUCAUUUUGUCACAAAGUUCCAUGGGCAAUGGCUGGUGUCGCAGAGUCUCUGAGUGGAACUUGCAGCAUUCGAUUGAGAAGGGAAGCAAGGUUCUUCCAGUCUACUUUAAUAUAAAGACAGAACAAAUUCCACCAGUUUUUAGACACAUUAAUGGACUUCAUUACGAUUCCAAAUUUUUUACUAAAAGAUUGCUGGAAAGCCUGAAAUCAAGAAAGAAAUCAACAUAUAAAUCUGCUAAUCAAAUGAAAGAUUGUUUAGAACAAAGCAAAUAAAUAUCAUUGGAGUAGGUUAGAAGCAUCAA